AUGGAGCAGAACGUCCAGAGAAUAAUAAAAGCACUGAACGAAUGCCUUGCUGCUCUACCACAGCAGCAGCUUCAAAGAGUCAGCCACAUUGGCAUUUCAGGACAAAUGCAUGGGGUUGUGUUUUGGAAAAGAGAUAAAGGUUGCAGGUGGACAGAGUGUGGCACAGGCCCCACCUUUGAGCCACAGGAGGUCAGUCACCUAAUUACUUGGCAAGAUGGUCGCUGCAGUCCCACCUUCCUCUCUUCUCUUCCUCUGCCACAGUCACAUGUCAGCUUGGCUACAGGAUUUGGAUGUGCCACAGUCUACUGGUAUUUAAAGAAGAGUUCAGGUUUUCUGGAGUCUUAUGAUGCAGCUGGCACCAUCCAGGACUAUGUGGUUGCCAUGUUGUGUGACCUGAAGAAGCCACUCAUGUCUGUCCAGAAUGCUGCUAGCUGGGGAUACUUUAACUGCAGAAGCAAGAGCUGGAACACUGACAUACUGCAGACAUCCGGCUUUCCUGUUCACUUGCUUCCAGAGGUGGGAGAGCCUGGCAGUAUUGCAGGCAGGACAGUCUGUGCAUGGCAUGGAAUACCCAAAGGAGCAAAAGUAGGGAUUGCUCUGGGAGAUUUCCAAUGCUCUGUUUAUUCCUGUCUGACUGAAAGGACUGAUGCAGUUCUUAAUAUCAGUACCUCUGCUCAGCUGACUGUCUCAAUGCCCCUGGGUUUUCAGCCUCCAGAGACACCAGACCCUUCCUCACCUGUUACUUAUUUCCCCUACUUUGAUGGUGACUACUUGGCAGUGGCAGCAUCACUUAAUGGGGGCAACGUGCUAGCAACGUUUGUGGACAUGGUGGCACGAUGGACAGAAGAGCUAGGACUUCAGGUGCAGGAGUCUGCCAUCUAUACAAAGAUAAUCAAAGCAGCCUUGGCCCAAAACGACAGCAAACUUUCAGUCCACCCAACCGUGUUUGGAGAGAGACACAUUCCCCAGCAGCUGGCAUCAGUGAGCAAUAUUGGUGCCUCUGACCUCUCCCUGGGUCACGUAACCAGAGCUCUGUGCAGGGGCAUCGUUGGAAACCUCUGCUCCAUGUUACCUGUGCAGCACCUGCUGGAGAUGGGAGUGAGGAGGAUGCUGGGGAGCGGGAGUGCCCUUGCCAGGAACGAGGUGCUGAGGCAGGAAGUGGAAAGGAUUUUUCCAUUCCCUGUGCUUUAUGGGAAGGAUGUCGAUGCUGCUGUGGGGGCUGCCAUGGUGAUGUUCCACAGAAAAUAGGCAUUGCUUGGAAUGGCCUGAAA